AUGAAGGGAACAACUGCUGCGAAAACUAUUGAGGCACUAGAGAAAGUAUUCAUCGAACAAACCUACCCAGAAGCGAUCCGUAGCGACAAUGGUCCGCCCUUCGCUAGUGAAGAGUUUGCUCAAUACUGUUUGAGUAAGAAUAUUCGGCUCAUCCACACCAUUCCAUACUGGCCGCAAAUGAAUGGGAUGGUGGAGCGGGAGAAUCAAGGCGUUUUGAGAGCAUUACGCAUUGCCAGGGCUACUGGGGUGGAUUGGCGCAAAGCUAUCCGGGAUUAUGUACAUAUGUACAACACCACACCGCAUUCUAUGACAGAGAAGGCACCAUUGGAAUUGCUUAUGGGGCGACCAGUGAAAGACCUACUUCCCUCACUGCGGACGGAACCUACAAUACUUCGAGAUGAAGGAGUAAGGGAUAACGAUGCCAUGAAGAAACUUAAAGGGAAGCUUUAUGCGGACGAACAUAGACACGCGAAACCAUCGAGCAUUGAAAUAGGUGAUUUUGUCAUGCUGAAGAGCUAUGAAAGCGGAAAGUUGGAGCCAAACUUUCAACUGGACCGCUUCAAGGUAGUUGAGCGUACUGGUAAUGACGUGAUUGUAGAAAGCGAAGAAGGUGUGCAAUAUCGCAGAUGUGUAACACACUUGAAAAAAUGGCCGAAAGCAACACAUACGUACACAGAGCACCGGGUAUCUGAAAACGAACCAGAGCAGGGUCCGAAACCGUCAAAUUUGCCGGGAACAAAGAAGUCGGAAGGAAAGCGUGGAUCAGGAGAAAACACACUACAGGAGCCGUCAUCUAAACGUCCAAUCAUAAUGACGAAAAAACCAUCACGAUUCAAUGUUUAA